AUGCUUGAUCCCAACCUUUUUGGAGAUUCUCUCCCACAGCAACGCUCGAUUUCAUCUAUGACCCAUAGCCACGGCAUUUGGGGACAGUUCAUGGAGUCGAAUACCUUAUGCAACUCAGGCACCAUGACGUACGAUAGGCUGGAGAAUAAGCAAAACGUGUUGCCCUGGGGAGAUGACACUGCCAUAUCUACCGAUCUAGAUUUUGACCUCUUUUCAGCUACAUUUCCUAUGCUUGACGACUUCAGCGAGCUCGAAUCUCUUGGAUACCACCCCUCCAGACGACCAAACACGGACACGCCAUCACAGGCAAAUAAUAAUCAACAGAUAUUUGAGAGUCAUUACCCAAAUUCAGUCUCCAGUUGCUCCCGGCCAUCCUUUGACAGCUCUACUUCUCGGCCGGAAAGUGCCAUUUAUCCUCCACUAUCUCCCACCAACUCUAUUGAAUCUAGCUCACCGGUUGACUUCCAUGGGCUUUGCGGUUCGGAUUCGAUUGCACGCUCUGUACCGGAACCAGGAAACCUGGUAUCUGAAGACGAAACGGACGACGAUAGUGUAUCUUCUGAGGAGCCCUACGCCAGGCUGAUUUGGAGGGCACUUAUGUCUGCUCCUGGCCAUAAAAUGGUACUCAAGGAAAUAUACGAAUGGUUUGAGAAGAACACCAGCAAGGCCAAAAACUCCGAUUCAAAAGGGUGGCAGAAUAGCAUUCGCCAUAACCUUUCUAUGAACGCGGUGUCAAAGAAGCUUUGUCUCCAGGAGCUCAGACCCGAAAAUCCGGUAACGCUUGGGUUCUCACUGAACGCGCUAUCAGACACGGCGUACAGUCGACCACUCGAUACCGCAAACCCGGAGUUCACAAAAAAUCCCAAAAAUCAGACCACCCAGCCCCCCAGAGGCAAAGGUCAGGGGCUAGAGGUGGCCGAGCCGCCAAAAAGGCGGCCAAAUACAGACGCGCCAUCCAAGAGUCUCAAAGGCUAG